AUGGGCAGCGGACGCAGCGCGCGGAGCCGCGGCGGGGCCGCGUCAGGCUUGCUGCUGGCGUUGGUGGCCGCGCUGCUGGCCGCGGGUUCGGCCAGCGAGUACGACUACGUGAGCUUCCAGUCGGACAUCGGCUCGUACCAGAGCGGCCGCUUCUACACCAAGCCUCCGCAGUGCGUGGAUAUCCCGGUGGACCUGAGGCUGUGCCACAACGUGGGCUACAAGAAGAUGGUGCUGCCCAACCUGCUGGAGCACGAGACCAUGGCAGAGGUGAAGCAGCAGGCCAGCAGUUGGGUGCCGCUGCUCAACAAGAACUGCCACAUGGGCACCCAGGUCUUCCUCUGCUCGCUCUUCGCGCCCGUCUGUCUGGACCGGCCCAUCUACCCGUGCCGCUGGCUCUGCGAGGCCGUGCGCGACUCGUGCGAGCCGGUCAUGCAGUUCUUCGGCUUCUACUGGCCCGAGAUGCUCAAGUGUGACAAGUUCCCUGAGGGCGACGUCUGCAUCGCCAUGACGCCGCCUAAUGCCACCGAAGCCUCGAAGCCCCAAGGUACAACCGUGUGUCCUCCAUGUGACAACGAGCUGAAAUCGGAGGCCAUCAUCGAACAUCUCUGUGCAAGCGAAUUUGCACUGCGGAUGAAAAUCAGAGAAGUAAAGAAGGAGAAUGGCGACAAGAAGAUUGUCCCCAAGAAGAAAAAGCCCCUGAAACUGGGGCCCAUUAAGAAGAAGGAGCUGAAGCGGCUUGUGCUGUUCCUGAAGAACGGGGCCGACUGUCCCUGCCACCAGCUGGACAACCUCAGCCACAACUUUCUCAUCAUGGGCCGCAAGGUGAAGAGCCAGUACCUGCUGACGGCCAUCCACAAGUGGGACAAGGAAAACAAGGAGUUCAAAAACUUCAUGAAGAAAAUGAAAAACCACGAGUGCCCCACCUUCCAGUCUGUUUUUAAGUGA